CUUUCGAAUUCUCGCGAUGUUUCAAUGCCGUUCACAUCCAGACCGCGAGAAGAUGAGAGAUGGCAAUAGAAAACAAACCUGGGGAGGCAUUUGACACCGUUUUCAGUCAAAAUGACUCCUUGGAGCGCUCUUCGCACCAUGACUAUGAGACUGGACAAGCUCGGGUGUUCAAGAUAAUAGUCAUAGGAGAUUCAAAUGUGGGAAAGACGUGUUUGACUUACAGAUUCUGCGGGGGCACUUUCCUGAAAAACCCAGAGGCAACGAUCGGGGUUGAUUUUAGAGAGAGGACGCUGGAGCUCGAUGGGGAGAGUAUCAAGUUGCAGAUCUGGGACACAGCAGGUCAGGAGCGUUUCAGGAACAGCAUGGUGGAGCACUACUACCGCAACGUCCAUGCCAUCAUCUUUGUAUACGACAUGACCAGCCUCUGCUCCUUCGAGAGUAUCCCUGAGUGGAUUGAGGAGUGCAGCCAACACUCUGUUGGGCCGCUGGUACCCCGCAUCAUGGUGGGCAACAAGUGUGACCUGAGGGACCGCCGCCCGUCGGCCGCCCAGCGUCUCGCCGACAGCUACAACUUCCCACUGUUUGAGACUUCUGCCAAGGACCCUGCUGAGAAGGAGCAUGUUGACGCAAUCUUUCUGACUUUGGCUUAUAGACUAAAGAGCCACAAACCCCUGAGACUGAAGCAGCCGAGUGAGAGCAAUGUCCGGCAGCUGUUGAACCAAAGAGAGCAGGAAGCGGCAACUUGUCAAUGCUGAGGUCGCCUCCAUCCUGUAUGGAUGUACAUUUGAGAGUGGACGAAGGUCAUUGCAGCCUUCCGUAACACUAAUGGUGCUGAGGAAAGCACUGAGGCUGAAUUCAGACAGGGCUCUUAUGGUGAGAUAGAAAAGGAAAAAACCCUGCCUGAUAUAAAGCACAGAUAGAAUAUUAAAUCAACAUUUCAAUGAAAUGCAUGAAUGGCUUUGGAGGCAUGCCAAACAUGUGUAGCUCAAACUGUACAUGAAAUCACUUUAAAUAAAAAAACAAAGCAUUGCAAAAUGCACUUUAACAAAUUAUAUGCAAUCCGCUGUUUAGUAGCACUACAACUUUACUGCAGUAUUCAAUGCGGACCAUAAUUAAAGGGACAAAAUAGAUUUCAGUGUAAGGAAAGGGACCAAUAAGGUAAAUUGAAACUGAAGAAAUGUUUUAAAGUGACAUUUCAGUUUUUAACAAAUGAAAAUGCAGUAAAUGUUUUGAUGCUGUUGCUGAAUGUGUAACUUUCAAAUAUAAAUAUGAACAUUACCAGCUUUGUGUCCACAUAGUUCACUUGAAAAGCAUUAACGAGUACAUGCUCAGCUCUGAAAAUUGUUAUGCCGGAAAGUAUUGACGGUAUGAGAUAAAUGACUGACUGAUACUUUAGUUGCAUGUGAACAAUAAUGCAAACACUUUCCAACAGUAUGGCAACUUGUGACAAUGUUAAACUGCAAAUCAAUAAAAGAGGUUUUAUCAGAAAUGUCUUAA